AUGACCGGCCCCUCUCGCGCCCAGGUUCUUUCCCUUUACAAGCAAAUCAUUCGGAACGCCAAUGGCUUCAACAACUACAAUUUCAAAAACUAUUUUCUGCGGAAGGCUCGCACGCAGUUCCACAAUACCAAGGACCUGAAGGAUCCAGAAACCAUUCAGCAGGCUUACGACCUUGCGACACACGAGCUGGGCGUGCUUAAGCGUCAAUCAGUGAUUUCCCAGAUGUACACUUUUGACAAGCAAGUCGUUGAGCGCAUACAGAGCAGAAAGCACGAGGAAAACUGA